AGAAAAGUUCGUCUCGUGAAUAUUAACAACGGAUCCCUGGCGGUAGUGGGAUUUGGGUAAAUUCGCGUGCUGGAGACGGGGUGCGCCGUCACCGCGCUUUCUGCAUCGGGUUACGCCAUUCAUCCAGGGUCAUUCAGUUCACCGGGGGUAACGCAGCAGUAACGGCGAGCGGACAAACACGAUGGAUACAUCACGGGUGCGCGUGCCACCGUUUUCCUCAUGAACCGACCGGCGGCAGCAGCAGCAUCUGCGUGCGGGUUUGGGCUUAUCUCUUACCGGGCUGGCGUGAAACCGAUCCCGUCUGGCGGAUCGUCUGCCAGUGUGUGUGUGUGUGGUGGUCGGAGGGGGAGAAGUGGAAGUGAAUGAUCCAUGUGUGUGUGCGUGUUUGUUGUUUCCGUCCAGGCUGACUCACCACCCGAGUGUUUGAAAGGUCCCGUGAGAGUGAAAGUGAAGAGAGGCUGAGACGUUACAUCACAACGUGGCAGAGAAAGUGAGAGACGAGGAGAACUGAGUGAGACGUGCGAGAGACGAGGACAAAACAACAAGCAGGAAGUAAAGCUCUGGAGUCUUUGACCCCCUGACCUUUGAACUCUAGCCUCAGAGCCAACAUGAAUGACCAGAACGUAGUAAAAGAGGGUUGGGUUCAGAAAAGAGGUGAAUACAUUAAGAACUGGAGACCACGGUACUUCCUGUUAAAGACGGAUGGAUCAUUUAUCGGAUAUAAAGAAAAGCCGCAGGAUGCUGAUUUGGCGUAUCCUCUCAACAACUUCUCUGUGGCCAAGUGUCAGCUGAUGAAGACCGAGAGGCCGAAGCCCAACACCUUCAUCAUCAGAUGCCUGCAGUGGACCACUGUGAUUGAACGCACAUUUCAUGUAGACACACCCGAUGAGAGGGAUGAGUGGGUCGAGGCUAUUCAGAUGGUGGCGGACAAGCUCGCCAAACAGGAAGAAGAGGGAAUCUUGUGUAGCCCCAUCUCUCAGGUUGAAAACGUCAACGAGGAAGAGAUGGACACGUCAACCAGUCAUCACAAACGUAAGACAAUGAGUGACUUUGACUAUCUAAAGUUAUUGGGUAAAGGCACAUUCGGGAAGGUGAUUUUGGUGCGAGAGAAAGCCAGCGGAACGUAUUAUGCAAUGAAGAUCCUGAAAAAGGAGGUUAUUAUUGCUAAGGAUGAAGUGGCUCACACACUUACAGAGAGCAGAGUUCUUAAAAAUACUAGACAUCCAUUUUUAACAUCGCUGAAGUAUUCGUUUCAGACGAAGGAUCGAUUAUGUUUUGUUAUGGAAUAUGUAAAUGGAGGAGAGCUGUUUUUUCAUCUGUCGCGGGAACGUGUGUUUUCGGAGGAUAGAACUCGCUUCUAUGGUGCUGAAAUAGUUUCUGCAUUAGACUACCUGCACUCGGCAAAGAUCGUUUACCGUGAUCUAAAGCUGGAAAACCUAAUGUUGGAUAAGGACGGUCACAUAAAGAUCACAGAUUUCGGUCUGUGUAAGGAGGGCAUCACGGACGCCGCCACUAUGAAAACAUUCUGCGGGACACCAGAAUAUUUGGCCCCUGAGGUAUUGGAGGACAAUGACUAUGGGAGAGCAGUGGACUGGUGGGGUUUGGGAGUUGUUAUGUACGAGAUGAUGUGUGGACGCCUUCCCUUUUAUAAUCAGGACCACGAAAAGCUAUUUGAGUUGAUUUUGAUGGAAGAGAUCAAAUUUCCCAGAACCCUCUCUGCUGAUGCCAAGUCAUUACUGUCCGGAUUACUUAUCAAAGACCCCAACAAGAGGCUCGGGGGUGGUCCGGAUGAUGCUAAAGACAUCAUGGGACACAGUUUCUUCAAUGCGGUGGACUGGCAAGAUGUCUAUGACAAAAAGCUGGUUCCUCCCUUCAUGCCACAAGUGUCAUCUGAAACUGACACCAGAUAUUUUGAUGAGGAGUUCACAGCACAGACCAUCACCAUCACACCACCAGAGAAGUAUGACGAGGACGGAAUGGACUCGGAAGAACGGCGACCACAUUUCCCACAAUUCUCUUAUUCGGCGAGCGGGCGGGAGUGAUGUCACGAAAUAACGCCGUCAUUCACCUGAGGCCGGUGGAGGAAACCACCGUAGCCAUGCUAGAAAGAGCCCACCCCUCAUAUUCCCUUCGAUUCAAUACUGAUAGACAUAGGGAGUCGGUUUUGUUGCUUUCUGUUUGUUUUUUGGUUUAAUUUGUUGAUGUGGGACUUAAAAAGGGGUUUUGCACAGGGUGAGACUUAAGCUAGUCAACCCACAUUAAAAAGUCUUGUACACUUUCAGCUUGUUGUUUACAGACCAUGGACAGUGUUUUGGGGGGAAUAUGAUCAGUAUUGUUGAUGACCUGAUUUUUUUUUGCACUUGCUUAUAAGAGCCGUAAUGGGGAACAAACCAAAAAUGUUGCCUUAUGUGUGUGGAUCUCCUCUGUCAGACGGACAGAUGGACGGACAGACAGACAGACAGACAUGUAGUUAGGGUUAUUAGAAGCAGCACUAGUUCAGUUCCAGUGAGGCUCAAUUGUUUUUUUAAUUUAACGCACACAUUCUCCUUCGGAGGUGUCGAAGGGUCUCGUUCCUUUUUCGUGCUUUCGGUAUACGUUGGAGAAAGUGUUUCGCAGGAUGCUAGUGUUGUUGUUUUCGUUUAUUUUAUCCUCACGCUCUGAAAUAAAGGUUUAAGUUGCAAAUACACAACAUUACAAACAGCUGCCGUUACUGUUUAAUCUCUCAGGCAAUCCAGAACACGACUGAAUCUCACCAAAAUGUUAAUCUUUCACGCCAAAAUUACAUUUUAUGUAAAUAAUACAAUUACUGUACAUAAUGUCUCAAAAUUCACCAAAACCGACUGUAAAUAACGUAUGCAUCAUGGCAGUAUUUAAAUGACUUGACAUUAUGUAAUUCUAAAAACAGUACAGUAAUGAAAAUUUAAUUGUGAAAUCCCUUACAAAAAGUAAGUAUGGUAACCAUGGUUUUAAUUGUAGUAAGGGAUGGGACCUUGGCACAUUUUGGUGAGAUUCACUCAAAAUCUAUACCCACCGCUGGGUGAAACCCACCCAAAUAUGACAUUUAUCGUCUUGUCCUUACUCGCUCAUCUCUGAUCAACUAAAACAGACAGCCUAAGAACCGAAUGAAGUGCAGUCCAAAACGGAGAAAGCACAGUUAAAGGAAUAAUUCAGCCGAAAAUAUAUUUUUUUUGCUGUUUUACUCGCCUUUACGCCAUCCUAGCUGUGUAUGACUUCCUUAUUUCAGCCAAACACAGUCAGAGUUAUAUUAAAAAAUAUCCUGGCUCUUUCAAGCUUUAUAAUGGCAUUGGAUAGUGCCCCAUUUUUAAAGCUCUAAAAAUGCAUUCAAUCCAUCAAAAACUAAUUUAUAAAGUUAUUAAAUGGAUGAAGUGAUGGUUUUCGAUGGAUGGAUGGGUUUAUGGAGCCUUAAAAUUGGGCUGAGUUAUAUUAAAGGGAUAGUUCACCCAAAAAUGACAAUUCUUUCAUCAUUUACUCGCUCUCAUGUUGUUACAAACCUGUAUAAAUGUCUUUGUUCUGAUGAACACGAAGGAAGAUAUUUUGAGUAAUGUUCAUGAGCCCCAUUCACUUCCAUAGUAUUCUUUUUUCCUACUAUGAAAGUGAAGGGGCUCAUGAUUGGUUUGGUUACAAACAUUCUUAAAAUAUUUUCCAUUGCGUUCACCAGAACAAAGAAAUUUAUAUAGGUUUGUAACAACAUGAGAGUGAGUAAAUGAUGACAGAAUUUUUAUUUUAAGGUGAACGAUCCCUUUAAAUAAUAUCCUGGCUCUUUCAAGCUUUAUAAUGGCAUUGGAUAGUGCCCCAUUUUUAAAGCUCUAAAAAUGCAUAUGUCCAUCAAAAACUAAUUUAUAAAGUUAUUAAAUGGGUGAAGCGAUGGUUUUCAAUGGAUGGAUGGGUUUUUGGAGCUUUAAAAUUUGGCUGAGUUAUAUUAAAGGGAUAGUUCACCCAAAAAUUACAAUUCUUUCAUCAUUUACUCGUUCUCAUGUUGUUACAAACCUGUAUACAUUUCUUUGUUCUGAUGAACACGGAGGAAGAUAUUUUGAGGAAUGUUAAUGAGCCCCAUUCACUUCCAUAGUAUUCUUUUUUCCUACUAUGAAAGUGAAGGGGCUCAUGAUUGGUUUGGCUACAAACAUUCUUAAAAUAUUUUCCAUUGCGUUCACCAGAACAAAGAAAUUUAUAUAGGUUUGUAACAACAUGAGAGGGAGUAAAUGAUGAAAGAAUUUUUAUUUUUAGGUGAACGAUCCCUUUAAAUAAAUAAUAGCCUGACUCUUUCAAGCUUUAUAAUGGCAUUGGAUAGUGCCCCAUUUUUAAAGCUCUAAAAAUGCAUUCAAUCCAUCAAAAACUAAUUUAUAAAGUUAUUAAAUGGGUGAAGUGAUGGUUUUCAAUAGAUGGAUGGGUUUUUGGAGCUUUAAAAUUGGGCUGAGUUAUAUUAAAGGGAUAGUUCACCUAAAAAUGACAAUUCUUUUAUCAUUUACUCGCUCUCAUGUUGUUACAAACCUGUAUAAAUUUCUUUGUUCUGAUGAAUAUGAAGGGAGAUAUUUUGAGGAAUGUUCAGGAGCCCCAUUCACUUCCAUAGUAUUCUUUUUUCCUACUAUGAAGGUGAAUGCGGCUCAUGAUCGGUUUGGUUACAAACAUCUUCCUUUGUGUUCAUCAGAACAAAGAAUGUAUACAGGUUUGUAAGAACAUGAGAGCAAGCAAAUGAUGACAGAAUUUUCAUUUUUGGGUGAACUGUCCCUUUAAAUAAUAUCCAGGCUCUUUUAAGCUUUAUAAUGCAUUGGAAAGGGCCCCAUUUUUUUAAAGCUCUAAAAACUCAUUCCUUCAUCAAAAACUAAUCCACACAGUUAUUAAAUGUUAAUUAAAUUCUGAGGUGAAGCGAUGGAUGGAUGUGCUUUUUGGAGCUUUUAAAUGGGGCACCAUCACACGGAGUUAUAUUAAAGGGAUAGAUCACUUAAAAUGACAAUUCUUUCAAAAUUUACUCACUCUCAUGCUGUUACAAACCUGUAUAAUUGAAGGAAGAUAUUUUGAGAAAUGUUUGUAACCAAACUGUUUAUGAGCCCCAUUUCACUUCCAUAGUAUUCUUUUUUCCUACUAUGAAAGUGAAUGGGGCUCAGGAUCGGUUUGGUUACAAACAUUCUUCAAAUAUCUUCCAUUGUGUUUAUCAGAACAAAAAAAAAUGUAUACAGGUUUGUAACAACAUGAGAGCGAGUAAAUGAUGACAGAAUUUUUAUUUUUAGGUGAACGAUCUUUAAAUAAAUAAUAUCCUGACUCUUUCAAGCUUUAUAAUGGUUUUGGAUAGUGCCCCAUUUUUAAAGUUCUAAAAUGCAUCCAGCCAUCAAACACUAAUUUAUACAGUUAUUAAAUGGGUGAAGUGAUGGUUUUUGUUGAUGGAGCUUUAAAAUUGGGCACCAUCACAAGGAGUUAUAUUAAAGGGAUAGUUCACUCAAAAAUGGCAAUUCUGUCAUCAUUUGCUCGUCUCAUGUUACAUACCUGUAUAAAUGUCUUUGUUCUGAAUAACACGAAGGAAGAUAUUUUAGGGAAUGUUUUUAACCAAACCGUUCAUGAACCGCAUUUACUUCCAUAGUAUUCUUUUUCCUACUAUGGAUGUGAAUGGGGCUCAUGAUCAGUUUGGUUACAAACAUUCCUCAAAAUAUCUUCCAUUGUGUAAUUUAUACAGGUUUGUAACAACAUGAGAGUGAGUUAAUGAUGACAGAAUUUACAUUUUUGGGUGAACUGUCCCUUUAAAUAAUAUCCUGACUCUUUAAAAUUCAUAAUGGCAUUGGAUGGUGCCCCAUUUUUACAGCUCUAAAAAUGCAUCACUUCAUCAAAAACUAAUCCACACAGUUAUUAAAUGUAAAUUAAAUUAUUCGGUGAAGAGAUGCAUGGAUGUGCGUUUUAGAGCUUUAAAAUGGGGCACUAUCCAAUGCCAUUAAAAACAGUCUGGAUACAGUAUAAUUAAAAAUAACUCCAACUGUGUUUGGCUAAAAGUCAUAUACACCUAGGAUAACUUGAGUGUGAAUAAAACAUGGGUUAAUUUUCAUUUCCAUGUCAUUUUGGGUGGUGUUUGACCUUUACUGUACAGAGCAACAGGUAUGUUAUCUCUCUCACCAGCACAGAGAGAGAUGAAUCAACCACUGACCCUCACCGCAAAGAGUUAGAUUCAUGUUGGACCAGAAGAUGUAAAUACAAACCUCUUUAUCUCUUUUUACCAUUACCGUAACUUUAAGUUGUUUGCUUUGAAAAGUUGCCGUCUCCAUAGCCUUCGUACGCGUGAUGUCUACGUUUGGAAUCAAUACAGAGUCAAAUCACAAAUUCAUUAUAUGUGCAACUGAGCCAUGCAAUAUUAGUGUGAAUGACCCCUGACUCCGCCCCACCCUGCCGUGUGAUGUAUAUAUGCAACAUCAUCUGUUUGUUACGCGACCCGUGUGACAGUUAUUGUGUGUGACUGUGCAGAUGUGAAUUAUCGGACGACAACAUUUUAAGAAGAAAAAAACGGGAGAAAUGUUUCCUUAAAAGACAAACUCUUUGAAGGGCAUGUAUUAUAUGGAUGUUUGUUUCCAUAAAGAUGAGUUGCUAUGGUUUCGAUCCCAUCCCAUCUGUACCUGAUCCAGUAAACGUUGUGGGAACUGCCGAAUGAAAUGUCUGUGUGUGAUUGUACGUCAACGUUUCAAUUGUUAUUUUUACGCCGUGACGUAUUUGGUCUGGCUAACAGCAAAUCCUCAUUAGGUUUUUUAAUGUUUUUUUUUUUUUUUUUUGAAUGACAAGAGUUUUUUGUUUGCUUGUUUCGUUUCAGCGUACUUUUGUACUAUAGAUGUAAUUUAGUUGUAUUUAUUUUCGUAUGUUAUAGGAUGAAGGACGGUGUUGGCCGUGUUUCUCUCUCUCUCUCUUUCCCUCUCAUUAUUAUUUUUUAUAACUUUCCUUUAGUCGUUGGCUGUUUCGUUUCAUACCAAAACAUUAGGGCAAGUGAACUGUAGAGGACUUGCAUUGCCAUUUGGUAGUAUUUAUUUUAAGUUAUAUUAAAAUGUUCAAAUUUC